CGCGGGCAACAGCUAGUGUCUAAUAAAAUAAAUAAUGCACGAAGUUUUAAUGCCUCAAUACAAGCGUCAUAACUUUAUAGCAUAACUAAUUAUUUACACUCCGUAAUGUAACGCAAAAUAUACAGAUGUCUGCUGAAACAAAUUCAAAAGCUGCUCAGUACUCACGUCUCGUUAGCCGGGAAUAUCGUAUCGUGUCAUUCGUCACUCACAUUUUGUUUCGUACUGUCAAUAAAAGCACUUUAUUAUUCCUAAGUUUCUGUUAUAAGCGGCCAUUAAGCCUUUACAAACUUUUAUUUAGCAACACCCAUUAAAAAGUGCCGUAAUCUUUUAAUCUGGCGUUUUAAUGAGGGUUUUCGUCUACCAUCUUUCUGUAUAUUUUAUUGAGUUGCUUUGUUCUGUAGCCAAAGUAUAAUAAACUAAAUUAAUUUGUUAAGUACUUUCUUUUCAGUUUGGUGAAACAUUUUAUGUUGUUUUAGGAGUAAAAUUUGAACGAUUGAAUACAAUGCUUUUAAGUCUACUCUCAUAUUUACUCAAGCCCUAUGAAAACAUUUCUAAAAGUUUCAAUUUGCGGAUAAAAGCAAUUAAACCCUUGAACCAACAUAGAGAUAGCCAUAUUUUAUCCGCCUCGAAAAAGUAAUUAUAGGAAACUAUCCAGUUCGGUUAUGAAAUUAAAAAAAAAACCAUUUAAGUCUACAGAUUUGUAGUAAGGAGCUUAGAUUUCUCCUAUACCAUACCUACUUGUGUAUAGUACCACUUUAUGUGUAAAGACAUGUUCACCAGAACACCCAAAUCUACAUAAACAAAAAUAUUGUAGGAAUGUUUUGAUAUUAACACGAGUGGGAAACACUCGUCGAGUUUGCUUCACCAUUUUUGACAAGUCGCUGAAGCCAUCCAAUUAGGUGGAGUGUCGGUCUUAAUAUAACGGUGCCUCUCACACCUGCCCGAAACUCACUUGUUAACGAUAAGUAGGCGUUAUUUACUACUUCAUUAAUUGUUUCUGUUAAAACGGAAACUUGUAAGUACAUUAUGCAAAGGUUAGGUUGCGGAGAUCAUAAUAUUUUGUUCUAGUUGUCAAGCAAUCUUAAGCAGGUGUUAACCUUUAGCUGGAGACGUUGAAAGCCGACAUAGUUAUAGAAAAUUCGAAUUAAGUUUCAAUCACCUAAUCUGUGUGGAAGCCACUAAUUCCGAGCGUGCGGUCUCGAGUGCGGUACGGAUACGCUCAGUAUUAGCUUUAGGUCAUAAAUAACAUCUGGUAAUCCUCGCAGUACAGUAGCUUCUAUUGCAAUAUCAGUGCUAUAUGUUUAGAAUUCCCCUAGAAAUGCAGCAUCGAAAAACUUUGUCAAGUUACUAUCAUCAUUAUCACCUUAAUUGCAGUUGGAGAUGCUUUAGAUAAUUCACUAAUUAUCAAUAAAGUUUCUUUCCCCUCACCUACAGACCAAAAGCGACACAAUAAAUAAAUAAAAACUACAUUACAUAUUAAAUCAGCUUUGUGUACUUAAAAUGUUUCGAAUUUUAUAGAGUAAACUCGAUAUUUUAUGCAGAGACGAGCCCUCAGGCCCUCUGUCGGUGACAAGCUAUCCAAGUUCUCGGCGCGAUGUUUUUGUCACGGCCCCUUAGGCUUGACAGUAAUGCGGCCUGCAAUUGAAAGGGGAACGACCUCCAUACAAUAAUUCAAGAUAAUAUUAGAAACAAACAUUGUGGUAUAUGGUAGUGAGACAAUUAAUUAAUGAUGACUGCACAUAUAGCCGAGUUGUCAUCGAUCUACACACCUGUGGUUUGAAUGUUUGUAAAACACGCAUACUCAAUACUUGGGAACCGUCAUAAUAAACAGAAUCUAUCGUUGUAAAAAUAAUAAUAGACGCAAAAGUCAGCUGUAUACAAACUUCUUUUGGUACCAAUGCCAAGAAAUGUGUGAUUAUUUAAACUGAUCAGAACCUGAAAAUACUUCUUGAUUAGAAAUCCCACCCCUAUUUCAAAUAAUUAACAAACUAUAUUGAGUAGGUGCAUUAUAGACAUGGUGUGAACAAGAAAUCCACGAGACUGUAAUUCGAACAAUGGAGACCGUUUUUGCGGAACAUCUAUUGUUUUCAAGGAAUAUCUUUCCAUCGACCGCAUAUUCACAAUGGACUGAUAUUGGUUUACAGCUUUUAGCGAUAAAAUAUCUUUGCCAACGUACGAUAUAUUUUAGUGUACCUGCUUAAACAAAUUCAGUUGAGUUUUUUUAUUCGAGCGGAGUAGUUUAACCCGUUAAACAUUAAAAAAACGGACUCAUGAUUAUUUCCGUAAUAUUUGUAUUAUCUGGUCUGUUUUCGUCAGGGUACCAAGAGAAUCUUAAUCCAUUUGAUUUUCAUUACUUGGUACAAGAUGCCAAAAAUAAUGAAGUAGACCAAGUAUGGUCACCAAAUACCCUCUCUCAAACCAUUCAAGGCAAUUUCUAUGAACAAACACCUCAAAAACUUGAACCUAAACCAUGUUCACGUCGUAGUAACUCGGAGAGUGAUGUUCCCGACAGAAGGCAAUGGAUUCCGCCGUUUUCUCCAAAGGCUAUCUCGGAAAAUGAUAAUCCUGAUAGAAGGCAACGGGUUGAGCCAAUCCCUUUACAAUCUAACGCAGAAAACGAAAAUCCCGAUAGAAGACAAUGGAUUCCACCGUUUUCUCAAAGGCCUGUCUCGGAAAAUGAUAAUCCCGAUAGAAGGCAAAGAGUCGAGCCUAGUCCUCUACAAUCUAACUUAGAAGGUGAAAAUCCCGAUAGAAGGCAGUGGAUUCCACCGUUUUCUCCAAAAGCUAUCUCGAAAAAUGAAAAUCCCGAUAGAAGGCAAUGGUUUGAGUCGAAUCCUCCACAAUCCAAUUCAGAAAGCGAAAAUCCUGAUAGAAGGCAAUGGAUUCCGCCGUUUUCUCCAAAAGCUAUCUCGAAAAAUGACAAUCCUAGUAGACGACAGUGGAUCCCACCAUUUUCUCCAAAAAGUGUGAAACUUUCCGGAGACCCUGAUCAUAAACAAGAAGUAAGAAGAAACGAUCCUGACCUGAAAUCUGUGAACAGCGACCAAGAAUUAGAUGAAGUUGAUAAUAAUUUGCAGUCGUCCAGAAGCGCUAUAACAAUUAAUAGUACUCCAUUAGAAUUUGGAGAAGACCAUGAUCAGGAAUUGUCAACAUAUCUCAGAGAAUCCCCAACCGAAACCAGACUACCAGGUUUUGAACCGAUUUUUGCACCAAACAGUGCAUUCGACAUAGAUGUACCAACCGAUUUCUUUACUGCUCCUAGUCCACCUAUAAAGGUAAAUCCAUCCGAAGAUCUAAAUUCAAAACCACUCAAUGACUUGCAAACUAAACUUCUUAAUAGUGAAUCAGAAAGUGAUUCUGUGUUAAGAUUAGCCAAACCCGCUCUUAGAAGUCAACCAGAACCAACCAAAUGUUCAAAUGUAAAUAAUACACGACGAUCCUUCUCUAGUUACAAUGAUGACAGUGAAAGUGAUAGUUUCAACAGUGAUAAAGCUCAGAACUAUAAUGAUCAAUAUGAACAAUCUCGGAGCGGAAACGACAAGGCUUUGAAUUCAGUAUUAUACCCAGAAAAAAGUUUAAAUGCUGUCAAAGAUAACCAAGACGAAAAUAGAAAAUCUCUAAGUGACUCGGAUAAAAAUAAAGCUUCAAGUUAUCAAUCGGUAGCAAGGCUUGGAAGACCACAGUUUAAUGAAGCUAGACGUGAAAUGAUAGAGCCUACGAGAGGUAAUCCUAGCAUAUCACAAUCACAACUACUUUUGAUGCAAACCGAGAGGAUUUGUUACGCUUGCAGUACUGCUAACAACCCUUCUUGCUGGGCCCCUGACAGGCGAACUACAGUCAAAUAUUGCCGAAAGGGAAAUAACGCUUGUCUCACUAAAACCUUUGGAAGCGGAAGUUCAUUCACCUUGAUCCGGGAUUGUGGGAGGUCGUGUGAUGACUCCGAUAUGGGCGGACUAAUGCCGAAAUACAAAUCUUGCUCCAUGUGUCACUCGGAGCUUUGCAACGGCGCGUACUCCGUCAACGGACAAAGUGUUUUAUUCGCCUUGAUAUUAACAGCUUUCAUAAAGUACCUUAAUUAGUGUUGUAGGAUCGUUUGUAGCUUUGUAUUCUCGUAAUAAUCUUGAUAACUUCAGUGAAACACCUCGGACUACUCUGCUUUUACUAUCUGCUCUUAAAAUAGGACUGUUCCUUGUUAGAGAUGAGACGCCACUAUGCACAGUCUAGUGUGCGGUUUCGCUUCUACAAUGGAGUCAUUCUUAAAAUCUCCUAGCACAGGCACAAAUUCCAUGUAAAAGAUAAGGGUGGUACAGCUUUAUUCACAUUUCAAGUUCCCAUUUCCUCUAUACAAUGGCGAUACGGAAGCGAAGACAUUCCUCCACUUUGAGCUUUGAUUCGAUUCGUAUUCAAUAUACAAAUGCUCGCUAGCACAAACGUUUGCUUAAUUACAUUGUUAAGCAAGAAUUACUCACAAUGGAAUAUGUUUGAACUCGACGAAACGUCGCCAUUGAAAAAGGUACUAACAAUUUGAUUAAAAUAUAUAUUUGAUCAAACAAUGUUGGCUUUGGUUUCUUUUUCCCUGAAUAUUAUAUUAAGUUUGUAAAGGACGGUACGUUUAGUCGUUUUCCUUGUGCCCUGAAAAUACCCACGUAUGUGGUUAGCACUCGACAGGGGAAGUUUGAAUGAGUAAUGACAAUAAUGUAAAUGAGUCGGUCGUCAAGUGUUAUUUAAAUUAUUGCAAUAACAUUAAACAUGGCUGACGUUUAUUCAUAACACCGGCUUCGGGACAUUUGUUAUAUUAAGAAGUUAUUCAUUGCAUUGUGUACUCUCGUGUGACAACAGUACUGAGUCUCUGAUAUAACUCUGUGACUACGUAAAUUAUUAAG